GGGUCACUUGGCCCGGACGGUACCGAGCGGUACCGGGAUGGGGCUGCCGGCCGCCGUCCGGGACAGGGUGGCCGCGGCUCACCGGGGCUCCACGCUGCCCGAACGGCUGCGGCUGUACGACAGCUGGGCCGCCCGCUACGAGCAGGAUGUGGCGGCUCUGGAGUACCGGGCGCCGCAUCUCGCCGCCGCCUCGCUCGCUUUCGCCUUCGCGCCGCGGGCGGGGACGCGGCUGCUGGACGUGGCCUGUGGCACCGGGCUCGUGGCUCGGGAGCUCCACCGGCGCGGGUUCCGCUGCCUGCACGGCGUGGACGGCAGCGCGGGGAUGCUGGAGCGGGCGCGGAGCACCGGGCUGUACGAGGAGCUGCGGCUCUGUGUCCUGGGCAGGGAACCGCUGCCCGCGCCCGCAGAGCACUAUGACGCCGUGACGCUGGUGGGGGCUCUGGGCGAGGGGCAGGUGCCGAGCACGGUGCUGCCGGAGCUGCUGCGGGUCACCAAGCCGGGCGGUUUCCUGUGCCUGACGACGAGGAGCAACCCCUCGAACCUCCGGUACAAGGCGGAGCUGGAGGCGGCGCUGGGGCAGCUGGAGCGGAGCGGAGCCUGGCAGAAGCUGCUGGCCCAGGAGGUGGAGUACUGGGAGAGGGCCACCAGCGAGGAGGAGAGCACCCGGGGCAACGGCUACAUCUCCGGGGUCGUCUACAUCUACCAGAAGUGCCCUGUCCCCCACCUCGAGGAGGACUGAGACCUAGCAUGGCUCUGGGGGAGCUGGGGGAGGAGGGGAGUGUGAGCACCCUGAUAAAACUGAGCCCAGUGACUCCCUCCUGCAGAAGGGCAGCUGCUGGGGGUGACAGUAUUUGGGGGAAAUUUCCCCAUUCCCUUCCUUCUCUACCUUCUCACCGAGGUCUGGGCUUGGGGUCCUUGUCUGCUCCUCAGCACGGGAAGGGUCUCCUGGAUUCACCAGGAGUCUCCUUGGCACCACCUUUAGCCCUGACAUUCAGGUAUUGCCCCCAACACCUCAACGCUCACCAUGACAUCUCACAGACCCACAUGGCUGCUCCAAGAUAUGUCCAGUCUGGGUUGUCUUCUCCCCACUUCACCAACCUCAGCGCUCAUGGUCAAAAUCUGGAUCCUUCUUCAUCUCCUACCCCCAGAGUCUUUAUCUGGGGACUGUUGGAGGUGAGUCCCCAUCCUCAUCUUCCCCAGGGACUGACCCAGUGCUGAGGUGCAGGAGCCUCCACAUCCAGAGUCAAAGCAGCAAUGCCAAGGUGGCUCCCAGCUGGAGGGGCUGUCCGAGUGCCACAUCUGCCUUUCAUUCCACAACAGCUGCUUGAAUCUCUCAUUUUCCCACAGCUUUGUAGUUAAUGGUCUGGGUGGGGAAGUGAGUUUGGAAGAGAUUUGGGGAGCUGGUGGCUGCUCCCGACCCAGCACUGCCUGCCCAGCCUGUUCCUCCAGCCCCUUGCUGGGCUGCCUCCACAAUUUCUCCUCCACUGCUCCCUUGGGAAGUUUUUUACCCAAAUCUCUUGCUGGAAUAUUUGGGGUUCUUUUCAUUUUUUCCUUUCCUCAGACCUGUUCCUGCUCAUCCUGUUCCCAUGUUCCUGGAGAACAGGUUGCAUCCAUCCCCUCAGGAGCUGUUCCUCCAUGUGAGGACUGUGUCUGUCCCUGUCGCUCACCCAGGGCAUGCCACAUCUUCCAUACUCGCCCUCCCCAUGGCUCUUGUCACCCUCCUGCUUCGUCCCCCAUGUUUUGGGGUCCCUGUGCCCAUCAGUAGCUGUUCUGCUGCUCCCUCCCCGUUUGUCUCCAGCACUUUCCCCUGGGCAGCUGAGGGGUUGUGGCUGUCCCCAGCCCUGCACUUGCCUGUUCAAUAAAGCUCUG